UCGCUCUUGUUCGCUCCAGAUCGGAGCGGGUUUCCUCUUUCACGGCUGGGUUCGGAUGGGCUCGGCGCUGAAACGGUUAAAAUGUCUCCGCGGACAGUAAGCGGACACCGCGCGCACACCUGACCCCGCCCACCCGGAGCACCCCGCCGGCAGCAGCGAACGCACACACUCCGCGAACUUCCCUCGGUUGGUCCGGAGGGCAGGAGGAGCAGGAGUUCGGUCCGGACGGGCAGGACGACGCAGAGGGGACACCAUGAAGCUCCUGCUGCUGGUGGUGCUGCUGGUGAUGAAGAUAUCUGGCAGCAGCAUGAUGAUGGAGAGAAAAUCAGACCGAGGAACCAGAACCAGACGCUACGCCAUCAACCCCCUGGGACACAAGUGGACUCACCACAACAUCACAUACAGGAUCAUAAAGUUCCCCAACACCCUGAACAAGGAGGACACCCGGAAGGCCAUCAGCAUCGCCUUCACCAAGUGGAGCGACGUGUCGCCGCUGACCUUCACCGAGGUCACCAACAGCAGCGCCGCCGCUGACAUCACCAUCGGUUUCUACACCUUCAACCACACCGACUGCUGGUGGUCUCCUCUCCAUCCGUGCUUCGACGGCCUGAACGGGGAGCUGGCUCACGCCUUCCUGCCGCCCCGAGGAGAGAUCCACUUCGACAACCACGAGUUCUGGAUCCUCGGGAAGUCUAGGUUCAGCUGGAAACAAGGCGUCUGGCUGAACGACCUGGUCCAGGUGGCGGCUCAUGAGAUCGGUCACGCUUUGGGCCUGUGGCACUCCAGAGACCCGGACGCCCUGAUGCAUCCCAACGCCACCUACACGGGGCAGAGAAACAUCGCUCAGGACGACGUGUGGGGGAUCCAGAGGCUCUAUGGAUGUCAGGAUAAGAAGAGGGUCUGUGAUCCAUGGGCUCGACUCGGAUUCUGCGAACGGAGGAAGACCUUCAUGAGGAAGAACUGUCCGCAGCGCUGUGACCUCUGCUACGAGCCCCUGGAUGUGGUCGCCAUGCCAACGUCGCCCCCAGCCAACCUGAAGAUCAAGAUGGUUCCUCGAGGAAAAGUGGUGGGUUUCCGCUGCGGCACCAAGAGCCUCCGUUCUCCCCCUAAAGUCAGCUGGUACAAAGACGGCGAGCAGAUCCUGACCUCCAUCCCCGGAUACAUCGUGAUGAAGGACAGAGACCUUCGCAUCGUCGCAAAUGAGUUCAACGAGGGCGUCUACACCUGCCGGAUCCACCGGCGUGGAGACAUGGUGUCCGCCAACUCCUGGGCCAUCCGGCUGAAACCGGAGCAGCCGUCCAACAGCUGAGAACGUCUGCAGGCGUCGACACAGGGACAGCGAGGAGACACGGUGGCAUAUGGGGCGUCAGUUUCUAGGGACACGUUCCCAAAGGACCCGUCUCAUGGGCAGACAUUGACCCAACAGACACAUGGACCAGAACUUUACCUCAUCUCCUCAGGACUGGCACUGAAGUCAGGGACAUCACUGAGUUGCUCUGCCAGAGUCAGGUUCAAUCAGGACAGCUUGAACUUUCAAUCAGUGGUCGAAAUGGAGUUUCCCUCGUUGGGGUUCACCGUCUCACUUCGGCUCCUUCAGACAGAGGGAAUAUUUAGUUCUGCUCUCUUCGACCCACAUAGACCCGUUUGACCACCUGGACAUGCUCUUUGACCUCAGAGAACCGGACAUCGUUGUACCUGGGCUUCAAACAUGACUCAACAUGGAGGUUUCUAUUAUAUCAGCUUCAUCUGUGGAGUUUUCCUGCCUCAGCCAUCAGAACUGGCUCAACGUUCUGAUGGUCAUCCAGGUCAGGCUGGGUCUCUAUCAGCAUCAUGAGAAGAACCCUUCAGAGAACCUGGUUCUGGUUCUAAUGGACCCUGGAAGAUCUCACCAGGUCCUACAAGCACCACCCACAGUCUGACUUCAUCUGGCGGCGCGGCUGAUUGGCUGAAUUUAUUUCUGUCAUACAGAACAUUUCCACAGGGUCUUAAAGCCACAGUAUGCAACUUUUAUAAACAAUAUUUGUUGAAACAGUUUGCAGUAAAUCAGAUGGUCUGUGAAAAACAUUGAUUGACAGUGCUAAGCCCCGCCUCCUUUGCACACAUCGUAGCACUAAGACUCUCUCUUAUUGGUUGUUUCUGGUUAUCGCAGCAGAGGAGCUCCAAGCUGUCUGGUGACAGUUUAACCAAAAAUCUAUUUCUUAUAAAAGUUAUAUACUGCGGCUUUAAACUCCCACAGCCAACGAAAACAGAUAACAACAAUUUAUAACCUAAUAUUGUGAUGAUAGAAACUUUUUGAUAUAUAGAGCAGCUGCAAUAAACAUUGUUGGUUCCAGUUGCAGGAACCUGUUCUUUAAUCUCCACCUCAGAAAUAUUUACUGCUCUGCGACUCACAAAGUUUCACCUUCUCUUCUUAUUGGGUCAGUUUAGGUCUCAGAUUUCUCAAAUAAAAGAUGUCGACCAAAGGAGACUAAAUUCUGAAUAUUAAUCAGGAAAAGUUGUGAAAUAUUUGCGAGAUGUCAGUGGAUAUCCGGCUCAUUUUUCUUCUUUUAUUUAGAGCCGAUGGCAUUUUGUUUCUGCAAGAGAGGAAAGUUUCUGCCAAAUAAGAUCUGAGAUUCAUUUAAUGUUUGUAAAAGAACAAAUGAGGGCAAAGAUGCUAAAUGUGUCGUUAGCAUUUGUAGAAAAUAAACAUGUUGCUGUGUAAA